CCCAUGGAGCUGGCGUAGUGGAGUAGCUGCCUUGGCUUGGCCGGCGCCGCGGGAGCGUCCGGGAUGAGCGCGGCCGAGGCUGAUCGCUGGGCGUGGCUGCUGGUGCUCAGCUUCGUGUUUGGGUGCAAUGUCCUCAGGAUUCUCCUCCCGUCCUUUUCCUCCUUCAUGUCCAGGGUGCUGCAGAAGGAUGCAGAGCAGGAGUCGCAGAUGAGAGCAGAGAUCCAGGACAUGAAGCAAGAGCUCUCCACUGUCAACAUGAUGGACGAGUUCGCCAGAUACGCCAGACUGGAGAGAAAGAUCAACAAGAUGACGGAUAAGCUCAAAACUCAUGUGAAAGCACGGACAGCUCAACUGGCCAAGAUAAAAUGGGUUAUAAGUGUUGCUUUCUACAUAUUGCAAGCUGCCCUGAUGGUGUCGCUCAUCUGGAAGUAUUACUCUGUCCCUGUGGCCGUGGUGCCGAGCAAAUGGAUAACUCCACUAGACCGCCUUGUCGCAUUUCCUACUAAAGUAGCAGCUGAAAAAGAAGAUGACAAGUAUGAUGCUUUUAAGAACGGAUUUUCACGUAGCAGGUUAAAAAUCUGAUUUAUACUGUUUUAUUUUAAGAAACAAAAGCGCACAGGUUAGUUUUUUUGUUGAACAUGUUUUGUUCUUGGACUUGAUGUAAGAUUCUUCUAAGAAUCACAAUUUUAUACACUUGUCAUUGAGCCAGAAAGGUCAGGCUGUCUUGUGUGUGUAUGGGCCAGCAGAGUGCCAGAUUUAUUAUAAGAAACGUGUGACAUUAUGGGCGUCUACACGUUGUUACGAUUUGCACUCUUGGCAUAUUUUAAAGGUCACAUUGACAACUAGAAAGUCAAAAUAUUCUCAUAAUUUAAGUACUUUAAAGACUUUGUGCUAUUUUUAAUCCAGAUUGGAAAACUACUUAAUACCACUACUAGAAUUUGAAACUUUGUUUUUUAAUAUCAUGCAGUACUACUAAAAGCAUAACACUAAUUGAAGUUGUACUUUUUUCUUUCUCUGUUUAAAGUGUCAUUUGUUGGGCAAGCCUUUGUGUAGUAUUAGCUACUUAUUUGAAGCCAUUAAUUUUUCAUGACUUUGGUUUGUAAAUGUAUUCAUGAGACCAUAAUGCAUUGUUUUGUGCUUGAAUUGUGUGAUUUGUAUUUAAAUCAUUUCAUAUGAAGUGUAUUUUAUAAGCAUUUAAUAUUUAUGUUCUGUAGAAUGGAACAAAGUUAAAAAACAAAUUAGGGAGUCUGAUUAAAUUAAUUUGAAUGGAUACAUGUUUGGCCCAUAAAGUAUAAUCCUGCUAAAUAUUUUUUUAAAACACUUUUUUCUAAUUAAAUUUUUUGCAAGUG